UCGGGUUUGGGUGUCUUUUUGUCAACCCUGCAAUAGAGAAGAUUUUCCUUUUUUUUUUUUUAUCUUUACAUCAAGACCCACUAGCAGUUCAUAAUAAAUUUAUUUAAAAUACCAACAUCAUGGUUCUGCACAACCCCAACAACUGGCACUGGGUGAAUAAGGAUGCCUCCGGAUGGGCCAAGGAUUACCUGAAGGGGAAGCUUUGCACGCUUUCCGCCGAGGAAAAUGGUGUUACCGCCAAGAUCUCCAACCUCCUGUCUAUGGAUGGCGACGUAGACGUCAGCCAACGAAAAGGCAAGGUCAUCACCUUGUUCGAUGUCAAAGUACAGCUAGAGUAUGAAGGUAAGACCAAGGACGAGGAGUCCGUUAGCGGUACUAUCACCAUCCCCGAGGUUGCCCACGACACAGAGGAAGACGAGUAUGUUUUUGAGAUUGAUAUCUACUCUGAAUCCUCUUCCAAGCAGCCGGUGAAGGACCUCGUGCGGUCGAAGCUUCUGCCCCAACUCAGACAAGAGUUGGCUAAACUUGCACCCGCCCUGAUUACCGAGCACGGCAAGGAUAUCCAGCAUGCCCCCGGUGAGAACCCAUCUAAGGGUUUUACCGCCCCGACCUAUCACCCUCAAGCUAAGAAGGACACACCUGCUCCCAAGACAACCACUACUACUACGGGCGGCAAGGUCGCUGUCAACACUACUACCGUGAUUGCCUCGGAUGAGUUCCGUACCACCGCUGAGGAAUUGUACAGUACCUUUACAGACCCCCAGCGCAUUGCUGCUUUCACCCGCGGAGCGCCUCGUCAGUUCGAGGGUGCUCAGGUUGGCGGAAAGUUCGCCAUUUUUGAUGGCAACGUCACCGGAGAAUAUACUAAACUAGAGAAACCGACUCAGAUCGUGCAGAAGUGGCGUUUGGCCCAGUGGCCCGAGGGUCACUUCAGCUCCCUCGAGAUAAACUUUGAUCAAAACGAUGUCGACGGCGUUACCCAAAUGCGUGUGUCUUGGACUGGAGUCCCCGUUGGCCAGGAGGAUGUCACCAAGCAGAACUGGGAAAUGUACUAUGUUCGCAGUAUCAAGCAGACUUUCGGGUUUGGCACUAUCCUCUGAUCUCGUGCGACCACCUUUAGAAGCUUAACGAUUCGAACGCCGCGUGGGGUAACAGAUGACCUGAAUUCUGCGAUCAACGCGUCCUGUAGGGGCUGUCCUAUAAAUGUUUUGGGUCGACUUGAAUAGCGUUCUUGGAAAGCAGACACUCUGUACCUCAGAUCUGUGCCUUUUGUGAUACACCUUCCCCUCUUACAUUCGAGGGUAUGGUUCGACGAUUCCACGAUAGAAUUCCAUGAUUAGAUCAAUGUAAAACGAAUCAAUAACGAAAAUUCACGGUUGGAUGCACAUUAUCUGUCUGUAUGGCAUUGGAUUACUACACUUAUUAUAAAUCGAACUUUUCCUUAAC